UAGGAAGGGUUUUGUCAGUCAUUGGUUUCUCUCUGAUAGAACUUUGGAGCACAAAUGGCUUCAUCUUCCUCUUCCACAGCAAGCCAUGGUUACGAGAUUCCAUGGGUAGAGAAGUAUAGACCCAACAAAUUGGAGGAUAUCGUCGGAAACGAAGAUGCAGUCUCUCGUCUUCAUGCAAUUUCUCAUGACGGGAACAUGCCCAACCUCUUAUUGGCUGGUCCUCCUGGAACUGGUAAGACUACUAGUAUACUGGCUCUUGCACACGAGCUAUUGGGACCUAAUUAUAAGGAGAGUGUUAUGGAGCUGAAUGCAUCAGAUGACAGGGGAAUUGAUGUUGUGAGAAAUAAGAUAAAAAUGUUUGCUCAAAAGAAAGUCACACUACCCCCUGGGAAGCACAAAAUCAUCAUCUUAGAUGAAGCUGACAGCAUGACAUCUGCAGCACAACAAGCCUUGAGGCGUACAAUGGAGAUAUACUCAGGCACUACCCGAUUUGCUCUAGCCUGCAAUACAUCUUCCAAGAUAAUUGAACCUAUUCAGAGUAGAUGUGCGCUUGUUCGGUAUUCAAGAUUAUCUGAGCAAGAGAUACUUAGUCGUCUAAUGGUGGUGGUUGAAGCAGAAAAGGUCCCUUACGUUCCGGAAGGCCUUGAAGCAAUCAUAUUCACCGCUGAUGGUGAUAUGAGGCAAGCACUGAAUAACUUGCAAGCUACAAACAGUGGAUUUAGUUUUGUCAAUCAAGAAAAUGUUUUCAAGGUCUGUGACCAGCCUCAUCCUUUGCAUGUGAAGAACAUGGUUAGGAAUGUAAUAGAGGGUAAAUUCGAUGAUGCUUGUGCCGGUCUAAAACAGCUUUAUGACUUGGGUUACUCCCCAACAGAUAUUAUCACUACCCUUUUUCGAGUAAUAAAAAACUAUGACACCGCUGAGUAUAUCAAGUUGGAGUUCAUGAAGGAGACAGGAUUUGCACAUAUGAGGAUUUGUGAUGGAGUUGGUUCGUACCUACAGCUAUGCGGCCUGCUUGCAAAACUUGCAUUAGCCAGGGAAACCGCCAAGGCAACAUAAGAUGUUAAGCCACAACUUAGUGUUUGAAGAAACUAGAUUCUAGACUCAUUAUGGUUGGCCAUGUUUAUGCUGAGAUCAAUAGUUAUGGUUUUUAAUAUCUAGGUUUUUACUUAAAUUUCUUCAAUCUUAACCUAACAACAGUCUUUGAAUGUGUUCAAAUUUGGCGAGAUAAGGUUUGUUUGUUUGUUUUGAAUUUAUGAAACUAGAUCUCUUGGGGGUUAUGUAGUUAUGUAUUGGGUUUGAGAUAAGGUUUGUUUUGGGUGAUAGGAACAUAUAUAAACCAACAUAAUUGAAGUUUGUUUGAA